AAUUUUCAUAAAAAUACACAAUAAACUGGAAAACAUGACAAGGGGUCGACGAGGCAAAAUGUUUGGGAACCACUGGUCUAGUUAGACGUAGUCUCUUUGUGGUUAGAUCAUUGAGAGGACAUCUGUUUUACUGAGAGGACUUCUUUUCUACUUAGAGGACAUAUAUUCUAGUGGAUUUCUAUUCUACCGAGAAGGCAUCUGUUCUGAGUGGAUUUUUUUCAAUGAAACCUUAAAAAGUUUAUCAGCGACUUGACAUGGACCUCAUUAGCCUUGGAUUGAUUCUCUUAUCAACAAUACUGCUCUAUUCCUAUUACCGUUUGAACAGAAAGGAUUUGAAUUUGCCGCCCUUUCCAGUCAGGCCAUGGCCUAUAGUUGGUCACUUGUUCGCUAUAAAGGCUGACCUGAGGCCGCAGUUCCACCAGUGGCGUCGGAAGUGUGGUGACAUUUUUAGCAUUUACAUUGGGUCCAAGUUGUUUGUCGUCAUCAAUGACUUUGACCUAAUUAAAGAAACCUUUGUCAAGCGAGCAGACGACUUCUCGGACAGGCCUUUGAUGUUUAUUGAUGAGCUCUUGUUUCAUCAAAGUAGAGGAAUCGUCUGGAACUCUGGCCAAGACUGGAAAGAACAGAGAAGCGUCACCAUCGCUAUACUUCGAAAAUUUGGCUUCGGCAAAAACAUUUUGGCAGAGAGAAUCCAAGAGGAGGUGUCCCAUUUUCUCAACCACCUGAGUCUCUCUAACGGUCAGCCUCUCGACAUACGACACGUGACUUCAGAGAGCACGGCAAAUAUCAUCUGUUCCAUCCUUACGGGGAAAAGAUUUGACUACAACGAUCCCUUGUUCUAUAAGCUGAUCACAGAGGUUAGGUUUUAUUUUCAGUCCAACAAGCAAUCAGGGAUGUUUGACUAUAACCCACUCCUGAAAUAUUUCCCCCGAUACAAACGUAUGCUUCAGAAUGUCAACGAGAUUUUGACCAUAUUAAAGGAAAUCAUUGUGGUUAGCAAAGAUGGAAACGCCGACGAAAACUUCAUCUCUUCUUACGUGGCUGAGCAAGGAACCAGGACAGACCACAGCAAAGCGACCACCAUGGAUGAGACCAAUAUGUUGAGAACUGUGUUUGAUUUGUGUGUCGCUGGUACAGAAACCACGUCGACCACAAUUUGCUGGUUUGCACUCUACAUGGUGAAUCACCAAGAUGUUCAGAAUAAAAUAUUCGCUGAAAUCAAGCAGCAUGUUGGAACAAAGAGGGCCCCAACACUUGAAGACAGGCCCAAACUGGUCUAUUUGAAUGCUGCAAUAAAGGAGACGCAAAGACUAGCUAGCAUAAUCCCGCUGUCUGUAAUUAGAGCUUGUUCCAAUGACUUCGUCAUCAGAGGCUACACUAUUCCCAAAGGGUCUUACAUCGCUCCCAAUUUAGAGUCAGUCUUAUUCGACGAGAAGUUCUGGGGCUCCGACUCUCGCGUUUUCAACCCAGACAGAUUUAUUGACGAGAAAGGGCUGCUGAAGAAGCCUGAGGAGUUCAUUCCCUUUGGCGUUGGACGCAGAGUCUGUCUAGGAGAAUCGAUGGCGAAGCUUGAGCUGUUUCUCUACCUCAGCUGUUUUGUUCAAAGAUUCCAACUGGUGUCUGCUGAUCCGGACAAGCUUCCAUCAUUGGAAUAUGAUUAUGGGCUGACCAUGAUUCCCAAAAAAAGUGUCUUGAGACUUGUGGAGAGAGUAUCAAAUUGAAAAGUGCAUCGGAGAUUAACAUUAAAAUGAUACGGUUGACAAUACAUAAAUAUGAAAAAUAAAACUGUAGAUAUAACUUUAUUGUAUUAUUAACAAAACAUUAUAUUGGUCUAAUGUAAAAGUAUACUCAUAGCUGAGGCGGACUGGGUGUCAAAAUCGGCCUGGGCAUUUCUCAACAAUCCGGCCCACAAAUUCUAUAUCAUAUUAUGGGCAUCCAUUUCUAGGUCUAUCUGUCCUCAAAAUCGUUAUGUUAAUUUUGAUAAUGUAUCGAUAUGUAUGCAUACUGUGAAUUCUAUAUCUUUAUAAGAAAUAUAGGCCUUACGUUGCUUUUAAAUCGCUAAGUGUGUAGGCCCUAAAUGGAUGUAGCCUACUCGUAGCACUGUCUACGGAUAAAGGCUAUUACAUUAUUUCGGAAAAUGUGUUAGAUUAAAAUGGUAUUACAUUGUAGAGUCUGUGAAAGAUUCGUUUUUAAACACGACGCUCAGUGGGCCCUUUUAUAAGAGAAUAUUAUAAAACCUUUAACAAUUUGUUAUGUGCCAUAGUGGUAUCGAUGUGGCCAUUUCGGGGGCCCUACCGGCCCUUUUGGGCACCGGCCCACCGGGCAUUUUCUCACUAGUUCCGUUCUAACAAUAGUCAUGUUUUUGCUUUAACUCUUUCUCUCCUAACUGACGAUACCAGGGUUGAUUCCACCAAAAUGUGGUAAAUAAUUACGGAGAGAAAGAGUUAAAAUAUGUACGAAAAUAAGAUAAGAUUAUAAUUACUGUUAAAAUAUUUGUAAAAGAAUCAAAUAAUAUCUCACUAAUCCUUGGCAACGAUUUAGUACACAUUUUUACACACACAAACACACACACACACAAAGACACAUACAAUUUUAAGAGCGAGAAGACAGGGAUAUAUCAGAAAACUUCAAAGAUUCGAAAGUUCCUUUGUCUUAUGUUUACCUAAACGUGAAAAAAAAUCAUCCAUGGCACUAUUGGACUAAUAGACUAGCAGGUCACUAGCAUAUCCAAAUUGAAAACAAAUCAAAUCUAAUAAUGAGUUUUACGUUUUUUUACCCCGUUGGUUUAUGUUGUUGUUGUUGUCAUUUUACUGUUGUUGUUUUUUUCCGUUGGUUUAUGUUGUUGUUGUUGUUGUUGUCAUUUUACUGUUGUUGUUUUUUUCCGUUGAGGGUAUUUUUAAUUUUUUUUUUUACAUUUUCACUUAGGCCUAUCAGCUUGCUAAAUAUUUAUCGGGUCAAAAAAAAUGAGUGGACACGAAUCUCGAAAACGGCUCUAACGAUUUUGCAAGAAAAUUGACAUUUGUUGUAUAUCUUUGGGGAAAAGAAAUAUUAGCUAAUUGGCCACAGUACAGAAACUCUGGUUUGGCCUUCAUGAUUCUUUCAAAAUACAUUAAUAUUUAUGAUUAAAUUUGGUCUUGGGGGUCUAGACAUUCUGUAUCUUGAACCUCAGCGGGAAUUCCCGCAUGCAUUCAUAAAUAUGCGUUCAGAAACAAUUUGCUCACCAUCUAUUUUGUCUGGGUCUGGACCUAUAGGCCUAUCAUUAGAAUAGUAUAUACUCUUACUGAGUAGAUUCGCAUAACCAGAAUUUUUUUUCUUGGGGAGGAUUGGGGCUGUGUACGAAAAUAUUGCUUUUUAAAAUCUAUCAUUCAUUGGUUAUUUAGAGAAGAAUCAUCACUCUUGCAUAAAGGCAACAGCUUCAUAGAGAGAAAUCGUCUUUAAAAAAAAAAUUGUUACUUGUUUUAAUUUAAAUUAGUCAACCAAAGUCAUUGGACUGAACAUUCAAAACAUGAAUUUAUGGUUGAAAACAUAUCAUUGGAGGAUAGCCCCAUUACCUUUUUCACAAUAACAGACCCUCACCGUUUAGUAUCGAAGUUUAGUAUCAAAGUUUAGUAUCGAAGUUAAGUAUCGAAGUUUAGUAUCGAAGUUUAGUAUCGAAGUUUCUUUAGUAUACGAGGCGCGCGUGUAUCCCGACUGUAACUCGAGGCCUUAAGCAGACAUCUUAAUAUUUUUGUCUUUGUUAGUUCCCCUUUCAGACCUUGUGAUCUAUAGGAAAGGUCAUCUUGUUUCUGAUGACCAACUGUUAACGUUGGUGUCAUGUGGCCAGCACAACGACUAACCAUCUUUACUUUCCCCCAAAUUAAUGUCAGGUACUCAUUAGAGCUGGAUGGACUCAGAGGCGCCUUAAAGAUUUACGAAAUUAACAACAAAAAUAUAUUUGAUAGCCCCAAAACUUCUAACACUAAUAUAAUUAAAUGUUAGAUACAUCUAUGUUAUGAUAACCUUUUUACUGUAUAAAUGUGGGAAGCGUGGUCGAGAGGCCAAGUGCGCUUGAACUUGGCUUGGCUUGGCUACCUAGAAGGUUCGACACCCGACUCGGGCAGAGUUGUGUUUACUGAGCGCCUAAACGCAUCACGGAAAACCAACUCCUAGAUACCCCAUCAACCUCACUGUUCCACAAAUGAGAUUGGACCAAUGUCGCUCUGAGCAUGCUAUAAGCAUGAAAGUAGCGCUAUAUAAAAGCUAUAAUUAUAAUCAAUGUAAUUGCAGUUAUAUGCCCAUAUACAUUUUUUUCUCUGUAAACAUUGAAAGCUUUUUAAUAAACUGUAUUUUAAA